CUACUGUUUUCGUUGAUGUGUUAUGCUAGCACCACUGCUGCUUUUUACUGACACUGCUUUCUUUGACAACCUAACCACGCGUCUCUAUUCUAUGUUUUUCACUCACAACGCGUCCUAAUUCAUCGAAAUUUCUCCUCUCAUCUCGUCUCAUCACUUCUAGCAAUCUCAUCAUUCGACUCGAGCUCGUCCAUAUCCACAUACAAGAUGCCAAAUGAAAGAGAACCCCCGAUUCCGAUAUCGAUGACCAUGAAAUCUAAUCUAAAUGACCUCCCCAUCGAAGUCAUCGAUAUGAUCUGCGAGUCCCUGAGCCCACUAUACCUGAAACAAUUCCGGCUCACGAACAGAAAAUACGCACAAUUAACAACCAGACAUCUCUUCCGGAAGUUGUACAUCACCUUCUGCACCGAUUCCUACAACAACGUCAUCAGGAUCUCGAAGGACGAGAAACUCCGCACAUUCGUUCACGAGAUCAUCUGGGACCUUCGAGAAAUCCAGGGUUCGUUGACCAACGAGUUCGAGUUCAUGCUACAUUUCGGCCUGGCUCUGUAUCCGCUGGAUCAUGUCCAAUGCAGGACCUUUAAGGAUGUGCAUGCGCAGUUGUAUGCGGCGCAAUCUGCGUUGAAGGCGCAGCUGUCGAAGGAUAUGGACUCGCAUGUCAAGCGGCUUCGGGAAGCCCUGCAGAGGUUCACUAUCGAGAAGUGUUCCACGAUUCAGAGUGAAUGGGACAUGGCAACUAUACCGCUUUCGCUGAGAUUGAAAUCGGGAAUGCUGUAUAAGUACGGGACGUGGGCGCUACCUUUCUAUCUGCUCAGCAAGAGAGCGCCCUCGCAAUAUGCGGUUGGGGGAUGGCCGAUCAAAGUCGCGUUGCAAUGCUUGAUGCCGUGCAAGGAGCUGUCGAUACUGGCGUAUUCAGGGAACUGCAACGCGAUCAACAUGCUUCUAGCGAGGGGAUCUCAUCUGCGCAGCUCUUUACCGCAUGUCCAGCGUCUUGAUAUCACACUGUUCAGUCCCCAUCCUCCUCCCUAUAACUGGCAUGAUAGGGGCGAACCUCGAAUGGACAUGAAAGCUUGGGAUUUGAACAGAUACUGCACGAAGUUGGAGUCGCUCAAUCUGAGAUUCAAAGAUUGUUCUGAAUCAGGUUCCCCUUUCGGGGGCAAGGCUACUGGUUUCGGAAUCAGAAUCACAAUGGUCCCUAUCAACAGAGAGGCGUAUUUCCCCAAUUUGCGAGUUCUGACCGUGCAGGGCUUUGGGGUGUCCGUUCCCGACUUCACGGUGUUUCUGCGAAGACACUCUUCCACGCUUCGAACGGUGUCUGUGAAGAAAACGCUCUUCAUGCUUGGGUAUGUGGGCGAGAUAUUGGAUGCGAUGCGGGAGACACAGAUGCAGAUUGAGAGCGGCUGCUUCGAUGACGUGAUGGAUAAUUCCUGGUUGCACGUUACUUUUAGUAGUAGCGUUACUUUUGGUAGUAGGCUGACGGUCCGGGAAGAUCAGUUGAUAAACUACGUUGUGGGAAAUGGUCCGAAUCCCUGUCCAAUUCCACCACCAAGACCUUGA